CCUGUAAGGUGCAUGAUGUCAGUUGUUUGGACAGCAGGUCUUGUGGGAAGGGCCAGGUGAGGCAGGCAGGGAUAUAAGAAGUCUGCUUCAGAGUUCAGUCAAUAUAUCACUACUGAGCAGCUCGAUUACACACAGCCAGACAACCACACACAAGGAACCAUGGCAAAGCGUGUUGCAGUUAUUCUCGCAGGCUGCGGCGUCUACGACGGCACAGAAAUCCAUGAGGCCUCGGCUGUUCUCGUCCACCUGAGUCGCGCUGGGGCAAAAGUGCAGAUGUUUGCUCCGAAUGCAGAUCAGAUGCACGUUGUGAAUCACUGCGACGGGAAACCUACGGGGGAGAAAAGAAACACCCUGCAGGAAAGUGCCCGUAUCGCCAGGGGUGACGUGACUGAUCUGGCCAAGUUGGAUGUUUCAGCAUUCGAUGCCGCCAUCAUCCCAGGGGGAUUUGGUGUGGCUAAGAACCUGAGUGACUGGGCAGUGAAGAACAAGGACUGCACCAUCCAGCCACAGCUGGAGAAGCUCAUCAAGGCUUUCCACAAGGCUGGAAAGCCGCUGGGCAUGUGCUGCAUCUCCCCCAUUCUCGCUGCCAAAAUCCUGCCUGGCUGCGAGCUCACGGUGGGACAGGACAAAGAGUGUGAAAAGUGGCCGUAUGCGCAGACGGCAGUUGUGGUGAAGGAGAUGGGCUGCAAACACGUGAACAAGGAUGUGGAAGAGGCUCAUGUUGACGUGAAGAACAAGCUGGUCACCACCUGUGCCUUCAUGUGCAAUGCUCCCGUUCACAAAGUUUUUGAUGGAAUAGGUGUCUUAGUCAAAGAGACACUGAAACUGGCUUGAGCUAACUUAAAAAUGUGCGGCCUGUACAAGCACUGUUGCAUUUAUCCCUGAGUAUUUGUCUGAUGUUGUAUCAUCAAUGUGUUGUUUUGAGAUUUCCAAUAAAAGCUACUUCACAAAUGA